AAAACGCUUGUAGGUGUCUUCAUGUUGUUAGGAAUACGUGACGUCAGGUGAACUCAACGUCGCCCUACAUUAAUGCCGUGUAAAUCGCAUCAACGUUGCAACUAUCCAGGAUGAUAACGCCGAAGCCGUUUACUUUCCAUGAUCCGCUGUAAUCUUGUCACACGUAUCAACACACCUAGUUGACUGCAAGUUGGCCGAACCGUGAUCGAAAAUUGUUCAAUUUGCUGUGGUGUGUAUACGUUUCAUAAUUUUUUUUUGUGAAAAGUUCAUUGCAAAUUCUACAUGUUGGUCAGUGUAAAAAACCAGCCUUCAGUCGUCGAUUUAAUAGUCUAUUGUUGAAUUACAAUCGGGAAGCAACAAAAACUACGUCAAAAUGGUUCUACUGGCUUCGGCGGUAUGUACGAAAACGGGAAAAACAAUAGUAUCGCGGCAGUUUGUCGAAAUGACCAAAGCCCGCAUUGAAGGUUUGCUGGCAGCGUUUCCCAAACUGAUGUCUACAGAAAAACGUCACAUUCAACAUACAUUUGUCGAAACGGAUUCAGUGCGUUAUGUUUAUCAGCCAUUGGAUAAACUCUAUAUGUUACUGAUCACAACCAAGACCAGUAAUAUAUUAGAAGAUCUAGAAACGCUAAGACUGUUUUCUAAAGUUGUCUUAGACUGUUGCAAAUUGGUAGACGAGAAUGAAGUGUCAAAGAAAUCAUUUGACUUGAUAUUUGCUUUCGACGAAAUUGUUGCCUUGGGAUAUAGAGAAAGUGUUAACUUAGCACAAGUAAGAACAUUCGUGGAAAUGGACUCGCAUGAAGAAAAAAUGUACCAAGCCGUUCGUCAAUCUCAAGAACGCGAUGCCAAAGUUAAAAUGCGUGAAAAAGCUAAGGAGUUACAACGGCAAAGAAUUGAUGCUGUUAAAAAAGGUGUUCGCAUGCCAACGUCUUCAUCAAGUCCAUACAGCAGCAUGUCCAUGUCUCCAGUCGCUGAAUCUGUAUACGAUAUUAAAGUGUCUAAACCAGAACCUCCUAAAUACGCUAGUAGCAAUAAAGCUUUGAAAUUAGGAGCUAAAUCCAAGGAUGUCGACUUGUUUGUUGAUCAACUUAAAUCUGAAGGUGAGAAAGUCGUACCGCUCAACAAAAAACCUACUAUCGUACCUUCUUCAUCAAGUAUUCAGAGUGAUGUUCAUAUUAAGAAGGAAGAACGUUUGGUAGCAAUAGUCGGUCGUGAUGGUGGAGUGCGUAACUUUGAGUUACACGGUUUGAUAUCAUUAAGGAUUUCCAAUGAAAAUUAUCAAAAAAUUGUAUUGCAAUUCAAUAACGAGUCCGGAAACAUCCCUUUACAAACUCAUCCAAAUGUCGAUAAAGAAUUAUUUAAAACCAAUCGUUUGAUUGGCUUAAAAAAUCCAACUAAACCUUUCCCAUUAGAAUCUGAGGUAGGACUGUUGAAAUGGACAAUUCAGUCUCAAGAAGAGUCGGCUAUUCCCCUGUCGAUUAACUGUUGGCCAAGUGAAAAUGGUUUUGGAGGUUGUGAUGUAAAUAUUGAGUACAACUUGGAGCACAAUGACCUCGAGUUGAAUAACGUUACUGUGACUGUUCCGCUGCCAUAUGGAAACGCGCCAGUCAUUCAAGAAUGUAGUGGAGUUUAUAGUUAUGAGCCCAAAAAGAAUGUUUUGAUUUGGUCAGUUGCUGUAGUCGAUUCUUCAAAUCCAACAGGUUCUAUUGAAUUUGAGUCACCAAAAUCUGUCGCAACAGAUUUCUUUCCAAUAAAAGUGGACUUUAACUCAAAAUCGGCGUACAACAAAAUUAAACCUGUUGAAAUUAGAAUGGUCGACGAUAACACUCCUGUGAAAUUCACUACAGAAACUUCACUGUUUACCGGAAAUUAUGAAAUAGUUUAAAUACAUUAGAGAUUAUUUACAUUGUUUUAAAACAUCCUUAUUAUUUUAUUAUAAACGUCUUUUAUUAUACACAUUAAAAUACGCUCUAAAAAUAUACACAGUUAAAUUAUUUAUCA